AUGUGCAAGUUCCUCAGUCAUCCUCGUAGCUCUUCACUGGACUCUUUCCGAGUACCCUUGAAAGUGGAACAAGCAAACAAUGCUCGUGAUGCCUUGGCUAAAACGGUGUAUAGUCAUCUGUUUGACCAUGUAGUCAACAGGGUAAACCAAUGUUUUCCAUUUGAGACUUCUUCUUUCUUCAUUGGAGUUCUAGAUAUAGCUGGCUUUGAAUACUUUGAACACAACAGUUUUGAACAGUUCUGUAUUAACUACUGUAAUGAAAAAUUGCAGCAGUUUUUUAAUGAAAGGAUUCUGAAAGAGGAACAAGAACUUUACCAAAAAGAAGGCCUGGGGGUUAAUGAAGUUCGCUAUGUAGAUAAUCAGGACUGUAUAGAUUUGAUUGAAGCAAAAUUAAUAGGUGUACUGGAUAUUUUGGAUGAAGAAAAUCGUCUUCCCCAACCAAGCGACCAGCAUUUUACUUCAGUAGUGCACCAAAAACACAAGGACCAUUUCAGGCUCUCUAUUCCUAGAAAGUCUAAAUUGGCUGUUCACAGAAAUAUCAGAGAUGAUGAAGGCUUUAUCAUCCGACAUUUUGCAGGAGCAGUAUGCUAUGAGACGAUGCAAUUUGUGGAAAAAAACAAUGAUGCUUUGCACAUGUCUCUUGAAUCUCUUAUAUGUGAAUCCAAGGACAAAUUUGUUCGACAGCUGUUUGAAUCUAACACCACCAACAACAAGGAUCCCAAACAAAAAGCUGGGAAACUUAGUUUCAUCAGCGUGGGAAACAAAUUCAAGACUCAGUUAAAUUUGCUCCUUGAGAAGCUUCACAGUACUGGGUCUAGCUUUAUUCGCUGUAUCAAACCUAAUUUAAAGAUGACAAAUCACCAUUUUGAAGGAGGACAGAUCCUCUCUCAGCUUCAGUGUUCAGGAAUGGUGUCGGUUCUGGAUUUGAUGCAAGGUGGUUUCCCUUCACGAGCUUCAUUUCAUGAACUGUAUAAUAUGUACAAGAAAUACUUGCCUGAAAAAUUGGCUCGACUGGAUCCUAGGCUAUUUUGCAAAGCACUGUUUAAAGCCUUAGGACUGAACGAAAAUGAUUACAAAUUUGGGCUAACCAAGGUGUUUUUUAGACCUGGCAAGUUUGCAGAGUUUGAUCAGAUAAUGAAAUCUGAUCCAGAUCACUUAGCAGAGCUAGUUAAAAGAGUGAAUCGCUGGCUUAUCUGCAGUCGUUGGAAAAAAGUUCAGUGGUGUUCUCUCUCAGUGAUUAAAUUGAAAAAUAAGAUAAAGUAUCGAGCCAGUGCCUGCAUUAAAAUACAAAAGACUAUUCGAAUGUGGCUUUGCAAGAGAAAGCACAAACCACGCAUUGAUGGCCUGAUAAAAGUUCGUACUUUGAAGAAGAGACUUGAUAAAUUUAAUGAAGUAGUAAGUGCCCUGAAGGAGGGGAAGGCAGAGACAAGCAAGCAGGUCAAGGAGCUGGAGUAUUCUAUUGAUGCUUCAAUGACCAAAAUUAAGACCACUAUAAUGACGAGGGAACAGAUACAGAAAGAAUAUGAUGCUCUAGUUAGAAGCUCAGAGCAGCUUCUAAGUGCACUGCAAAAGAAGAAACAGCAAGAAGAGGAAGCAGAGAGACUACGACGAAUCCAGGAGGAAAUGGAAAAAGAAAGAAAGAGACGUGACGAGGAAGAACGACGACGAAAGAAGGAAGAAGAAGAAAGACGUUUGAAAUGUGAGAUUGAGGCAAAGAGAAAACAGGAAGAGGAAGAGAGGAAAAAGAGGGAAGAGGAAGAAAAGCGUAUUCAGGCUGAAAUUGAGGCUCAGCUAGCUAGAGAACGAGAAGAGGAGACCCAGCACCAGGCAGUGCUUGAACAGGAACGCCGUGACCAUGAACUUGCCAUGAGAAUUGCCCAGAGUGAGGCAGAACUCAUCAGUGAUGAGGCUCAGCUUGAUUUAGGAUUGCGGAGAGCCAAUGGAACAAAGCUGCAAAUGACUGCGGAACAAAUGGCCACAGAAAUGUCAGAAAUAUUGUCUAGGGGUCCUUCAGUUCAAGCUACAAAAGCUGCUGCUGGUACUAAGAAGCAUGAUCUCAGUAAGUGGAAAUAUGCAGAGCUUCGUGAUACAAUUAACACAUCCUGUGAUAUUGAGCUAUUGGCAGCAUGCAGAGAAGAGUUUCACAGAAGGCUAAAGGUGUAUCAUGCGUGGAAAUCCAAGAAUAAGAAACGCAAUGCAGAAACAGAACAGCGUGCCCCCAAGUCCGUCACAGACUAUGAUUUUGCACCAUUUUUGAACAACUCACCUCAACAGAACCCAACAGCCCAGCUACCAGCCAGACAGCAAGAGAUUGAAAUAAACAGACAGCAACGUUACUUCCGCAUCCCCUUCAUCCGUCCGGCGGACCAAUACAAAGAUCCCCAGAACAAGAAGAAGGGUUGGUGGUACGCACAUUUCGAUGGGCCAUGGAUUGCUCGACAAAUGGAACUUCAUCCUGACAAGGCACCCAUUCUCCUUGUAGCCGGUAAGGAUGAUAUGGAUAUGUGUGAGCUUAAUCUUGAAGAGACUGGCUUAACUCGAAAGCGAGGUGCUGAAAUCUUGCCGAGACAGUUUGAAGAAAUCUGGGAGCGCUGCGGAGGUAUCCAGUACCUUCAAAACGCGAUCGAGAGCAGACAAGCUCGCCCCACAUACGCUACGGCGAUGCUGCAGAACCUGCUGAAGUAAAGGGGUGAUUUGCACGGUCGUAUUCAAGAUGAGAACCUCCACCUGUGACACAAAGGGAAGAGUUCCUCUGUGUGACAGAGGACCUGAUCAUUCUAUAAUCCUAUUAGAGAUGUUUAAUAUAAAGUGAACAGAUUUUAUUAAUCAU